CAACGGAUUUUAUUCGAACUCCCUCUCAUUUCCUUCUCUACACCGAGCCCUCAUCCCACCGGUCAUCCCAGUAUACGUCGGCGUCCGUGAACGUGGGAACCACCGGCGACGGCAAGAUUUCCGGCAUAGAAAAAUACUUUCUAGUCUCCCCGACGACUCUUCAAUGCUUUCUUCAGUUCAAAACCCCCGCCUCUUCUUCGUAAGAUGCCGAUUUCAGUUCCAUCUCCCGUCAAAAUCCCGCCACUUUCACGGCUCCGUAGCUGUUCGCACGUCGGAGACGGUCAUGGAGCCACAGACGCAUGCUUCUUCAACCACUCCUCCCUCUUCUGAAAUCCUCACAAUCCGAAAAUCUCUUCUUUCUCACCAGAAAAAGGCGGUUGACAUCGCCGAGGAGUACUUGAAUCGGUUGCGGCAGACUGAGCCACAGAUUCAAAGCUUUCUCCAUGUUUCAGAGAAUGCAUUGAGAGACGCACAAGCAAUCGACCAGAAGAUCGAGAGGAACGAGGAAUUAGGUCCGUUGGCCGGGGUGCUGGUAGGCGUUAAGGAUAAUAUUUGCACCGUCGACAUGCCUUCGACGGGUGGUUCGAGGAUAUUAGAGGAUUAUCGGCCGGCUUUUGAUGCCACGGCGGUGAAAAAAUUGCGGGAGUGCGGAGCCAUUAUUGUGGGAAAGACAAAUUUGGAUGAAUUUGGCAUGGGGAGCACCACUGAAAGUUCUGGUUUUCAGGUGACUGCAAAUCCUUGGGAUGUAUCCCGGGUACCUGGGGGUUCGUCUGGCGGCUCGGCUGCAGCUGUUUCUGCGAGACAGUGUGUAGUAUCCUUGGGAAGUGAUACUGGGGGAAGUGUUAGGCAGCCAGCAUCUUUUUGUGGAGUUGUGGGAAUGAAACCAACAUAUGGACGUGUUUCGAGAUUUGGGCUAAUGGCAUAUGCAUCAUCGUUGGACGUUAUUGGAUGCUUUGGCUCAUCUGUGGUUGAUACUGCGAUUCUUCUUCAUGCUAUUUCCGGUCAUGAUAUACUGGAUGCUACAAGUAGUAAGCGAGUGGUGCCUGAUUUUUCAUCUCAGUUAACAUCCAUGGAACUUUUUGAAUCCAAGCCUUUAAGGGGACUGAGGGUAGGGGUGAUCCGUGAGACUCUCGGUGAUGGUGUUGAUAUGGGAGUUAUAUCAUCAAUCAAGGCUGCAGCUUCUCAUUUGGAAGAAUUAGGAUCAACUGUGAUAGAGGUAUCAUUGCCUUCUUUUUCUCUUGGGUUGCCGGCAUAUUAUAUACUAGCUUCAUCUGAAUCAUCGUCCAAUUUAUCGCGUUAUGAUGGUGUAAGGUAUGGAAACCAAGUUGCAUCUGAUGAACUUAAUUCUCUUUAUGGAGAUUCUCGAGCUAAUGGUUUUGGUCCUGAGGUUAAAAUGAGAAUCUUAAUGGGGACGUAUGCUCUUUCUGCUGGUUAUUAUGAUGCAUAUUACAAGCGUGCCCAGCAGGUCAGGACAUUAGUUCAGAAAAGUUUCAAGACAGCAUUGGAUGAAAAUGACAUCCUAAUUUCGCCUGCAGCACCAUCAGUUGCAUAUAAGAUAGGUGAAAAGAAAAAUGAUCCCUUGGCAAUGUAUGCGGGUGAUAUCAUGACUGUGAAUGUUAACUUGGCUGGGUUGCCUGCAUUGGUUCUGCCAUGUGGAUUUGUAGAGGGAGGAGUUGCUGGCCUUCCUGUAGGCCUUCAAAUGAUUGGUGCAGCAUUUGAUGAGGAGAAAUUGCUCAAAGUUGGCCAUAUUUUUGAGCAAACUCUUCAAGGUUGCAGAUUUCUUCCACCAUUAGUAGCAGACAGCCUUUCAUGAUUGAUCUUCAUUGGGAUUUAAUUUAUCUGGAGAAAGCUGAAGCCAAUAUUCUUUGUCAUUGGAAGUGGUAAAUCAACUCUGCACCGAGGCAGGAUAAACUGGGUUGAUCGAUGGAUAGCACCAUUCUACUUCCUGUCCACUCAUUUUAGGAGAAAAGCCGAAAACAGCCAAAGAAUCUGGCAAGGACUGAAGCACAAAAUAGAUGUUAUGAUGUUAGACAAUAUUCCACAAUUAAUUCUUUGUUAGUGUUCCGUUAUUCCAUUUUGACUGUCAGACUGUCGGGAUUCAUUAUUGAAAAUUUCUGCAAAUGUAAUCUAAUUGUAGAAGUGAAAAUUGGGUAGAUUCAAUUACAAAGGAUAUGGCCUCAUCAAAUC